AACCAGCUUAAUUAUGUUUGCGAUCCUUUUCAGACAGGAGCUGUAUCUUCUUGAAGCCGUACAUCCAAAGGGAAUCCGUUUGUCAACAAACUGCAUUUAUUGAUGAAGUUCAGCAACUACUUGAAUUCGUCUUUGGCUUUGCAGAAGCAAGUUUAUUAGUAGAUCCGAAAUUACCAAAGCAAAAAUGACCGUCGCUGCUGCUACCUCCAUUGCGGCAAAGACGAAAAUCGUCUACAACUGCACGACCAGCCACAAAAACUACAACUUUUCGGACGCAGAGACCGCACGGCCCUACAGCAGCGAGGACUACAACGAAGAAUACAGUUCGGGCGACGAGGAUGAUGUGUUUGCAGCGAAGAUGGACACCUGCAGCCCGGAUCAAGCUUCCUCAGGGGCCUUGAAGAAGUCGAUCCGGAGCGAGGGCACGGCCGAGCGUGUGGCCUGCCAGAAGUUCGCGAACAAGAUAAACUUGCAGCCCGUGUCCAUGACGCACGCGACCAAGAAUUCCAUCGAGAACUCGGAGAAGAAAGCCUCCGCGCCCCGGGCGAUCGGGAUCAGUCGCGACAGCCGCGCCACGGUCCAGCAGUGUCUAGACGACCGCACGCUGCGGGUGCUGCACAAAUUUCUGCAAAACGGUCUGCUCGAAAGCAUCCACGGGUGCAUUUCCACCGGGAAAGAAGCAAACGUGUACGCUAGUACGACCAAGCGGGAUUUGGUGGCGCACUACGGGUCCGAUGCGGCGUCCGUGGUGGGGGGCGAGGAGGGGGUCCCAAGAAAGUCGGCUGACAAUACCAACCAAGGGGGCCUAGCACAAGAGGACGUGGUCGAAGCAGAACAUGCGAUCGAGCGGGAUCAUUCCGACUCAGAUCACGACGACGACAUGGAGCCCGAAGAGGAGAAUUGCAAUGCCGCCCUGAAAUCAAGUGCGCGGGGAGUGCCGAAAACCAACCACAAUAAGGGCUUCAGCAACAAAAAGAAAGCGUUCUUGAUGGAGAACGCAGAGCAGCCUAUCGGACCGCAAGAGGAGCAGCUCAACAAUCCAGGGAAUAAAAAGAACAAGAAUAAUCGCUACCGGACGAACCCUCUAAAAGCGCAGCGAUUAGCGAAGGCCGCCGCAGCCGCUGACCAAGCAAAUUCGGCCGAGAACACAGCAAACACGCAGCUCCAGCAGCCACACGCCCUGCCGCAGGUAAAAAACGCAGAAGUGACGCAGCACCUCGCAGUGAAGGUUUUCAAAACCUCAGUGCUGGUCUUCAAGGAUCGCGCACGCUAUACUGAGGGGGAUUACCGGUUCAGGUAUUCCUGCACUAAAGGGAACCCCAGGAAGGUGGUCGCGCAAUGGUGCGAGAAAGAGUUCCGGAACCUGAUGCGCAUCCGCCAGAAGGCGAAGCUCAUCAAAUGCCCGUUUCCCAUCGAGCACCGCGGCAACGUUCUAGUCAUGACACUUGUCGGGGACACUCAAGAAGGCGUCGCUGCGCCAAGGUUGAAGGACGUGAAUCCAGAGAACAUUCCCUGCACCACCGACGUUCUUAAGCCCGACGAUGAUGAAAUAACCAACAAGUGGAACGCGGUUUACCUUCACUGCGUGCGCAUGAUCCGGGACCUUUUCCAAAGUUGCAAAUUGGUGCAUGGCGAUCUGUCUGAGUACAACAUGCUCUACUACGACCAGAACGUGUACAUGAUCGACGUCUCUCAGUCCGUGGAGAUGGACCACCCGCAGGCACUAGACUUCUUGAAGCGCGACUGCCAAAACGUCAACGCCUUCUUCGAGAAGCAGGGGGUGGAGGUACUGCCGUUGCGGUGGCUCUAUCAGUGGGUGGUGGACGAGAGGGAGGAUGAUCUGGAGGAAAUUUUCACUUUCGAAAAGGAAGCGGCCGAUUACGCCCAGGAGGACGAAUUCAGGAACACCUGGGUGCCGUCGAAUUUGCACCAAAUUUCGGAAGUCGGCGCCUUGGAAAAGGAUAUGGCAAAGCUGCAGCGUGGCGAGUCGGUAGUGCUGGAUAGAGUUUUUUUGAAAUGAAGUGCAUACCCAUGCUUAGCCGGGAGUUCUCGAUGGCAGACUGGUGUUUGUGUUUCACUUUCGCAUCAAGAGCAUGGCAAUAAAUCAUUUUUUUCAAGAAAAAACGUACAGGUGCUGGUGAACAACCUUCUAGCGGAUCGCAGAAACAGCCUGCUUUCCUCUGUUUCCGAGGAGGAAUCGGACGCGGACGAGGAAGGCAGCGACGAUGAGGAAAAUCCGAACAGAAACAAGGAGGAGUCCAGCGUCCAGAAGAUCGUGAAGCAGCAGCGUGCAGAGCGACGGGAGAAGCAUUUGGAGAAGUGGAGAAAAUACCGCGAAAAGAAGCGGGAAAAGAAAACAAGCUGCGGCAAGUCGGAGGUCAGUUCCACUUGCGUUACGAGCGAGCACUUGGAGGACGACGUUGAGGAGGGGCUGAAAUCGGUUCUAGAAGAUCAUGCUGCGACUAGAGAAGAAGUUGUCGCAAGUCCUGAUCUGGCAGAAAAAACCGUCGAGCGACUACUCCCUCCCGAAAUUACAGACGAGAAGGACAGUAGUAGCAGUGAAGACGAAGCAGACGAAUCGGCUGUAGCUGCUUCUCCAAUCAUCGACGCCACGCCAGCAGAGGACCUACCGGUCGAAGGAGCCGAUGCUGACGACAAGAAAAAAAGACCGCCGAAAGAAAAGAAGCUCCCUGAAGGCGUACGGGAUCCCAACGUGAGCAAGGCGGAGUGGAAGGCGCAGGUCAAGAAGGAAAAGGAGGAGAAGCGUGCGGAAAAGAUUCCGAAAAAACUGAAGAAGAAGCACGGAAAAAAGUGAUCGUCUUAUUUGUCUUGAAUACGACUGAGAAUUUGAUGAAAGCGACAGCGAACGACUCUGAAAUUUCGAAAAGCUCUCCUGCAACCAUGGAUAAACGCUACUACGCAGAAGCAAAAUGCUUUA